AUGUCUGGUGAGAUUCGUUGGGCUCCCUUUGGCAGCUCUGAAGCAGAGGAACUGCUGCUGGGAGGCUACAGGGUCUCUGUGAUCGACGAGUGUGGAUCUGAGCUGGCUUUCCUUGGUGACGUGGCUGUGAGGAGUGGUUUCUUUCGCUCUGAAACUUGUCUGCAGCAUCUGGGAUGGUGA